UCACAGAGCUGUCAGUCUUCAAAUAGAAUCUUUGGCCUCUGUUCCCGUCAAUUGUGUUCAACACUGCACCUUGAGUACCUCAGGAUUACCGUGUGAACCGGCACAUUUCCCCAAAAUGCAACCGGCUCUCCUCGUGAUCUGGCUGGCCGCUCUACAACAAUCCAUUCCGGUGAAUUGUUUCCCUGUACACCUAGACCUGUCGCCACCGCACAGGACAAUCAAAGGAAUCUUCACGCGCUCCGAGUCUGUCGAUACAGGACAUUAUUUAUGGAAGGUGACUUUGAAUGGACAUGUAAAGAAAGCCAUCUCCACAACCUCUCUCGUUGUCCUCCCAAUAAGAACAGAAACAAGUGACUUUGUGUCAAUAUUGGACUUGAAAAGUAAACGUUUCUUAUGUGUGGACGUCGAGGAAAAGUGGUUCAGUUCUAUGAUGUUCAGCAGGAAAGAGUGCCUUUUCCAGCACAGGCGGAUGGAGAACCAUGUUGACGUGUUCUAUUCAUCCAGCAAUGGACUGUUGCUCCUACUGGAAGGGGCUGAGAUCCCUGAGAAAGGGUAUGACUUGUUAAAGAGACACAUGGUUUACAGAAGGAAGAGGAGCCAACAGGAGAACCCAGAUGCAGACUCCAUCAUGGAGGAUCAGGACCUGGCUAUGCAACAGGACCAAGAACGAGCUAGCGCCAUUUCCAAGGAGACCAUCACUUCUUGUGACGACCCUUUGCGGGUGUUGCAUUCCAAUAGCCCAGGCAGUCCUAUCAAAAUGGCUGUGCAAAAGGCAGACAAAGUGGCCCAGGGUGGUCUAGCGGUCUAAGCAGAUGCCUCCGGCACACGUCUACGGUGUUGGUAUAGGUUUGAAUCCAACCUACUGCCCACUCUCUUUCCCCACUAUCAUCCUCUCUCUUUAUCUUAGGGGUAGGCAACCCUGUUCCUGGAGUGCUUGCAGGAUUUUGCCCCAACUAAGCAUCACACCAGACCAAAUGAGCUAAUUGAUCAGUUCAGUGAUUGACUAAAUUCAACACACCUGGUCUUCCAGGUUGGUUAAAUCAAAAACAUGAAGUGCCUGUGUCACUCCAGAACCAAGGUUGCCUAGUCCUGCUCUAACUGUUCAAUAAAGUCAGAAAAUAGCUUAAAAAUAUAUUUUUAAAAAGGAAAAUGCAGAGAAAGAGUGACGCAUUGGCCAAUAGCUUGACUCGAAAGGCCAGAGAAAUGGGCUUUGAAUUUGAAGCUUGUCUGGAAAAUGUUUAAACUUUUUGCUAGAUAACAUUAAGGGAUAUACAGUAAUGCCAUGCACCAGUGCCUCAAUCCUCGUGAGUUUGUGAUUUUGCAAUCGUAGUCUGGAUGGAGGGGUCACAAUACAACUUGAGAAGGAGCACGUUAGAUUGAAACAAGGAGGUGAAUUAGAAAGCUGAUCAGUGAGCAUCAUGAGAAACAGUCCUACAGUAUAUGCUGAGGUAGUGCUUCCUAAGGUCAUUAAUGAGUGGAUGAGAAUGGGUGGAGGAGACCAUGUGUAUAGUGCAGUGAGAAUCCAACCUUUUGGUUAUGCAAGGGUGUGAUGCACUUUUUCACUGGGACCAGAAAUCGGCCCUGGCAUUUAUAACACACCGGCCCAUUUCUUUCCUCAAGGCCCUGACAGCAGCCAAUUUUUUUUGUGGCCCCCAUGAUGAUAAUUUUGCACAAAAAAACCCAAGUUAGGCAGGCCCACGAGGUAAAAAAUCAACUGGCCCAUCUGACAUUUUUCACGAAAUGCCUGAUGGCCAGUCCGCCCCUGCACUUUUUAAAUAUUUACAUUGCAAAAGACUUUCAAACAGUUUGGUUUUCUCUGUGUCAAGGAUGAAAGUCCAAUCAAAUCAUCCUGAAAAUAUGCAGGCUCAUUAUGAAAUGGGCACUUCUUGUUUUUAUAACAGUGUAUAAAAAGUUAAGGCAGGUCACCCAUUUCCUUUUCUACAUUACUUAGAAUCGUAUAUCAAUUCAUACAGAGAGACGUUUGAGUAGCAGUUGAUGAGGGGCCUGUUUGGCAACAUUCAACAUAAUUUGUCCUUUUUGGGUAAUGCCUGGGUUGAACCAGUGUCAUGUUGUCCUUUUAACUCCUUUUAAAAAGUACAAUUUUAAACUGGUUUGGUAUUGAGCCUGAUGUUGCAAUAAUUUGUUUGCAUGAGAUUUUGCUAUGCAUGUCAAAAUGGACCAACAUUUCUGUAUGAAUUAUUGUAAUUGACAAGUAAAUAUUAUUUGAUACAACAUUGCA